AGUCAUAUUUGCGCAAACGCACAGCGUAGAAGUGAAAGGGGAUUUUUGUUAAUAGGAAGUAUAUGACUCCCCUGCCUGCACUAACCCCGUGAAUACCCACAUAUUGGACUGGGGAAUAACCUAAUACGUUGUUUGUGUAAUUUUGGUGAAGUUUUUUCUUGGUAGACGAGUACAGUCAUUCUUUGAUAUGAGCACAUAUCCGAAUAUCUUGACUCCACCGUCAAGUAGUGAAGACUCUCCACAGCCAGUGUAUUUUGUAGCUUCUCCAACAUCCAGUAGUUUCCAUGGACCUGAAGGAUAUGUGUCACCGAUUUCUUCUUUCGGGAUCCCAGAGUCAGAGACAGUUGUUGAUCCCUACUUAGUCAUGGAGGCCCAACCAGCAGGUGCAACUCUACAUCUUGUUGAACAACCCACAGAUCGUUUCAGAUUUCGUUAUAAAUCAGAAAUGGCUGGAACUCAUGGGAGUUUAACUGGAAUGAGCUCUGACAAAUCACGAAAACAGACAUACCCAACAGUUGAAUUGCAUAAUUUCACCACAGGAUCUGCUAUUAUAAGAUGUUCUAUAUAUCAGAACAAUGCAAUUGGCAAAGACUUCAUGCCUCAUGCUCAUCGUCUCAUCAUGAAAAAGGGAAAAGAGGAGCAAGAUGAUCCCCAUGAUUUAGUCAUAGGACCAGAAGAUGGAUACAGGGCGGUGUUCCACGGCAUGGGAAUAAUACAUACUGCAAAGAAAAACAUUGUCUCAGAAUUAACAAGAAAAAAGGUUCAAUUGAAACAAGAAAGUAUAGCAAGAAUAGAAGGAAAAAUGAGAGAGCUCACUACCAAGGAAUUAGUUGAGGUAAGCGAGCACACCAUCUAUCAGGAUUAUCUUUAUAUGGCUUUUUCUUUUGGAUUUUCAAGAUGAUACUCCAUAAGCUUGUGGUGACUUUCCAGGGGAUCAUUUGAUAGCUCUUGAAAAUGUAUGAUUUUCAUAGUCAUGAAGUAGAAGUUUCAUUGAGUGUUAUGUUGUCAGUUGUAGGUGGUGCAUGUGAAAUUUUUGAAAAAGAAG